AUGGAGUACGGCGGCGGCGGCGGCGGCGGGUGGGUCCGCGGUCGGUGCCUCGGGCGCGGCUCCACGGCCGCAGUUCACUUGGCCUCCUCCCCCACCGGCGCCGGCGAGGGGCGGAGCUUCGCCGUGAAGUCGGCGGAGGCGGCCCGCGCGGCACCGCUGAGGAAGGAGUGCGAGAUCUUGUCGUCUCUGUGCAACCCCCACGUGGUGUCCUGCUUCGGCUCCGGCGUGACCGCGGAGGCCGACGGGCGGGUGCUGUACAAUCUCUUCCUUGAGUACGUCCCCGGCGGCAGCCUGGCCGAGCUCGCCAAGCGGCGCGGCGGCCUCGACGAGCGGACCAUAAGCGGGUACACGCGCGGGAUCCUCAGCGGCCUCUCCUACCUCCACUCGGCGGGAAUCGUCCACUGCGAUCUCAAGGGCCACAACGUCCUCGUCGUCGGCGCCGGUGACGAGGAGGACGACGGCGGGGUCAAGCUGGCUGACUUCGGCUGUGCCAGGCGCGACUCCGCGUGCGGCCACCAACCAGGGGUCGUCGCCGGAACGCCGCUGUUCAUGGCGCCGGAGGUGGCCCGGGGGGAGGAUCAGGGCCCGGAGGCCGACAUGUGGGCCCUCGGCUGCACAGUGAUCGAGAUGGCCACCGGGCGGCCGCCGUGGCCCGAUGUCGCCGACCCGAUCGCCGCCAUCCACCGGAUCGCCUUCUCCGCCGACGCGCCGGAGCUGCCGGGCCACCUCUCCGACGGCGCCAGGGACUUCCUCGGGAAGUGCCUCGACAGGGAUCCCCGGAAGCGAUUGUCAGCGGCGGAACUGCUGGAUCACCCCUUCGUCCGCUGCGGCAAGGCGUCCCUCUCCUCGGCGAGCAUCUCUUACCAUGCGAAGAGGAAGAAUUCUCCCAAGAGCACUCUCGAUCAGGACCUCUGGGAAUCGUGGGGAUCGGAGGACGAAGAGCCCGAGCACCACUCGGCGGAGUCCAUCGCGGAACGCCUCCGACGACGUCUGGGGGGCGUCGGCGUCUCGCCGACUCAAGCGGCCGAGGAGACCUGGGAGGAGGAGAACUCCUGGGUUACCGUCAGGAACGGCGUCGCGGUGUCCCCAUCCGACGACCGGUCAUCAACUAUCCCUUCGUGUUCGGAGGAGACAGCCGGCGGUGCCAUCGGCGGAGCCGCAGGCGGCGCCGUUGGCUCCCCACCGUUUGAUUUCGACGGGGUUGACCCGGUUCUUUCAUUCACGGCCCCACUGGUCGCCGGGGGGGACGACCUUGAUGAUGAUCACCACCAUUUUAAUGAACACGGAGAUCCCUCCGGUGCUUACGAUUACAGCCUUUCGAUAUGCCGUCAGGGCGUCCAUCUCCACCGCCCUCUAUGGCGGCCCGAAAGGGUCUCCAACGGCGGCAGGUGGCCGGCCGUUCUCCGCGUCGUGUGGCUGAUUGCUGAUGCCUCCCCUUCGUCAACCCCUGGAAUCCGACCCCCCCCCCGCCCAACAAAGUCAACGAGCGUGAAAACAGUGGAACGGGACAAUCGGCGAAGUUCGGUGGCACAAAUUAAUGAACCCGAAUUCAUCCGAAUUAAUAAGACGUCGCUAAGUAACUCGCCAAUUAGGUCCAGUUGUUUGCCGGCCGGUCGGACUCCGUACAUCGAACUCAAUGGCUAG